AUGGUUGAGAUUUUUGAUCCUAGCAAGGGCAGAUUCAUUGUACAAGAGUUGGUUGGCGAAGUGUCUCUCGGUGCCGUGGAUGUUGAGUGCAUCUUGGCCUUGGAGAACCACAGACUGUCGGCAGAAGGUAUUCUCGGUGAGGAAGGUGAGGAUGUUAAAGAUCGAGUGCCGCCUCAAUUCCUGAGCAAGACCACAGGUAACAUAGUCAUCGAUGAUCUGAUUGUGGACAUCACAAAAAAUAAAUCUGCCGACGACGAUUUCCUUCGGAGAGUUGUCCUCGUGUUGCUUGGAAUAGUUCUUGCUCCCAUGUCAAGCAAGACUGUACCAAAGAAAUAUUACGCAUUGGUGGACGAUGUGAAGCGUAUAUCCAAGAUUAAUUGGAAUGCAUUCACCCUCCGGGUUCUGCUGGACUGCCUUCGCAACAUGAGGAAAGGCAAACACCUCCGCCAAUGGCCGAGAGGGAACUUAGCUCUCCUGCAGUACCUGUACUGGGAGAAGGUUCAGCCUCUGGAAGGUGAAUGCGCAUUCAAUCCUAGCUUGUCCAUGGAACCUCUAAUGAGGAAUUGGACUGAAGCUGCAGCCUCAAGGAGAGACAAGUUUGAUUAUGACCAUGGCCGUGGCCGUGGUAACAUAAGGAUUGAAGACAACAUAACCAAGGAGUAUAGGGCGCAGGAGCGCAAAGUACCCGAACCAGAAAAGCCAAAAAUGAAGCCCGCCGUUGGUGCGGCAAAGAAGUCCAAGUUAGCCUCAAACGCAGACGAGAUGAUGAACCUCAUCAUGAAGCGGUGUAUGGAUUACAUACGCAGCCAAAUGAAGGAAAUACCGGAACAAGUAGCCGAGAGAUUGUUAGAGAAGUUGAACCAAAAUGGUGUGAUGUACAAGCCAGCGGCUGCUGCGGCUUCCGACAACAAUGAUGCCGACCUAGAAGUGGAUUCCUUUGAGAAUGGUCCGCCAGAAAAAGAAGAAUUCGUGUACAAGGAUGACUCUGACGGUCUAGAGCCGGUGAUUGAUUUGACACAGCCUGACGAGCCUGUUGUAAACCAGAACAACGAUGAUGAGGAAAAAACACCUGCCAAGUUAAAUGUUGACAAGACAAUGAAGCCUACUGAUGAGUGCGGCGCAACACCAGAGAACCCUUGGAUUGUAGGUAAUUCUCCUCGAGAAGAAUCGUCCGACAUUGACAUUUCUGCAAGUUCUAUCGACAGGAUGGUGGGUAAGAGCAAGGGGAAAAAUGACAAUGACAUGGAAGGCUCUGUUAAGGACGAUUUGACACCGGAACUCAUCGAUGCUGCUGUUACGUUUGUGGAGGCAGCUGCUCGGUCUGAGAAGAAUAUGAUAAAAAGAGUUUACUACAAUGAACGUGGCACCUCUGUGACUGUGGAGAGUAUACGACCGAUUAUCGAUGCUUAUCAGACACAUUUGGCUCUGCGCGUUGGUCAUGAUCGGCACCUCUGUCCAGCCUGGAGGUCCAAAUACCUUGUUGAUCGUGCUAAGGCACGAGACAACCCUAAACCGUCGAAAUACAACAUGGAUAGUGCGCUGAGCAGAGCUGGAGCAUCGUUUAUCCCGUUGAACAUUGGCAAUACACACUGGAUCACCGUGGUGAUGCACAACCUCAAGAAAGAAUUCCGAGUUUUUGAUUCGCUCUAUCCUCUCGAGUUCUCUCUCGACACUGUGAAAGCACUGCGACUAGCAAUAGCAAUUGAUAUGGAAGAGGCAAACCGUAUUACACCUGGCAAAUAUCCAGACGUCACUAAGUGGCCUAUCAUACCUCAGAUCGACAUGCCACUACAAGAGGACGGGAACUCUUGUGGCCUUUUUGUGAUUGAAGUUAUGGAGCGUUGGGACGGGGAUCGAUGGACCGCCGAUUUUACCCAGGGCACGGUUAAUGCAAGGAGAAGGCGUCUCGUCGCCGAGUUGGUUCUCUCACCUACCAACACACUCGAAUGUGUGAAGAACAAAAUCCGCGACAUCGCAAAGAAAAGCAAGGCGUGA